GUGAGAGAUUCGCGUCUAUUAGCAAGGUUUGUCGUUUGUUCUCUUUCUUUUGUCGCAAGCAAGUAACAUGAGCGCUAAGGUAGAGUUGCCAAUGAAGGAAGUGUUCUCGGUGCCGGUUGGAACCGUCGCAAGAAUGCCUGUUCGUCCUAUUCUGGACUGCCUUAAGGCAAAGGCGGCCAGCGAGCUGAACGAGAAGGAGAAAACCAUCCCGGAGGAGCUGGAGAUGAUACGCACCUGGAUCAAACAGUCCGGGCACAUCCGCGGCCGGAUGGAUGAUCAGUUUUUGCUGGGAUUUUUGCGUGCCUGUAAGCAUAGUCUUGAGCGGGUGAAGGAAAAGCUGGACACGUACUACACGAUCCGCUCGGUGCUGCCAGAAGUGAUGCGAAAGCGCGAUCCGCUCGAUCCGUUCCUCCGGAAGGUCAUAAGGAUGGGCGUGUCGGUACCACUGCCGAAGACGGUCAAACCGGAUGAUCCCAAAAUUAUGCUCAUCCGGGCGGACGCAUUCGAUGGAGAUGUCUGCGAUUUUCCGGACAUCCUAAAGGUGUUCACCAUGAUUGGUGAUAUCCUGCUGCGCGAUGAUGAUCAGAUGGUGAUCUGUGGUCAGGCGGCGAUCAUCGACUUUGGACACUCCUCCAGUGGCCAUCUGUUUAACUUCAACCUGUCCUUCCUGCGCAAGGCAUCGAUUUUAAACCAGCAGGGUUCGCCGCUCCGGCAGAAAGGCUUUCAUUUUAUCAACACACCGAAGGGCUUCGAUCUGGUGCUCAACAUCUUCAAGGGCCUAAUGACGGAGAAGAACCGUAAUCGCACGAUCAUAUCGCACGGAUCCAGUCUCGAGUCGCUGCACAAAUACUUCCCCAAGUCGAUACUGCCCACCGAGUUGGGUGGUGAGCUAGGGCCGGUCCAACAGUUCGUGGACGAAUGGGAACAGCGGUUAAUCGAUAAUCGGGCCUACUUGGUAGAGGAGGAAUUGCUGGGUGUCGAUGAAAGCAAGCGAAGGAACACGAACCCGCUGGCGGAAGAGAAGGAUCUUUUCGGAACAGCCGGGACGUUCCGGAAGCUGGAGUUUGACUAAAGACGCUUCUACAGUCUCUCUCUCUCUGGUUAGGUUAAGCUACGUUAACGCGCGUGUAAAUAGGCGAUCUUAGGCUUAAGCGACAAGCAAAAGAAAUACAUUUUAACA